GUGACGGAGACACAACAAGCAUUGUCUCUGAGUUCUUUGACUUUAUUGUGCUACAUCGUAUUUGUCAAUCUGCUGAGAAUAGUCUAGGGCUUAGAGAGAUAGUUUCAGGACAAAUGGUAAUUAGACUCUGCGUAAUAGAUCGAAUUAAAUAACAAGUAAGCAUUGUUUAUGGAUAGUGAAAACCAUUUUUUAUCGGAUUCAUAUUCUAUUUAAUUUAAAUUAUUUUACAAUGUUGAACGUCAUCAUGAAGAAAUAUGGGGCAGUGUCCCCGAAGACUUUAAAAUCAACCCUACAGUUUCUCCUUCGGUUGAUGGGAAACAGGCGACACACAACGUACAUCCUCGCGCUCAUCAGCCUGGUUUUGGCCACGAUCUCCUUACGAAUCGGUGGACAAGGUCGUCGUCGACGUCGAGGUAAAUUACCCCCUGGUCCCAUGGGGUGGCCGAUAGUGGGAAUGCUGCCCUACAUGGACCCAGAGAACCCGGCGCAGAGCGUAUGGGACAUGUCGAAGCAGUACGGCUCCGUGUUCUGUGGUCGUCUAGGAAGUCAUCUGGCCGUGUUCAUCAACGACUACGAGACGAUCAAAGAGGCUUUCAGCAGGAAGGAUGAUGCGUUCAGUGACCGGCCUAGGAUCACCAUGUUUGAGGUCUACACAAACGGUCAUGGGGUCGCAACGUGUUACUUUGAUAAUCACUGGAAAGAGCAAAGACGCUUUGCUAUGAAAGCUUUCCGCCACUUUGGAGUCGGCAAACCGGACAGUGUCUUUGAAGAAUACCUGAUGCGAGAAUCGAAGCACCUUCUCCACGCUUACUCACGAAAGCACGUGGCCUUCAACCUGAAGCCCUUCCUCGACAUGGCAGCCUGCAAUAUCAUCAGCUCCAUGACCUUUGGAAAUCGCUUCUCCUACACCGAGAGGACAUUCCAGCAGUUCCUGCAAGCCCUGGAUGAUAUCUUCCACGCCGCUGACGUAGCGGGCGUCACGAACUACUUGAGCUUCAUGAAGUAUCUCCCAUUCAGUGGGUACAGUUCCUUAGACCGACGGUCAAGGGAACUCGAGUCUGGAUUGUUCGUCCGUGAGCGUGAAGGUCACAAAAGAACUUACGUUGCAUCGGAAACAAGAGACCUCAUUGAUGCCUUUCUACAUGAGAUUAGGAAGAAGAAAGAAGAGGGUGUCGAUAGCGACAAGACAGGCUUCAGUGACAAGAUGAUUCUUCAUUUCAUAGCUGAUAUGUUCGCAGCUGGAACAGACACAACAAGUAAUUCUACCCAGUGGUUGUUACUUUUUGCUGCGAAGUAUGAAAAGGAACAGCUACGAGUCCAGGAAGAACUUGACCGCGUGGUUGGUAGAGACCGUCUGCCAACACUGUCAGACAGGAAGAACUUACCAUACACGGAAGCCUUCAUGGUUGAGAGUAUGCGGUGUGCAGUGGGAGGGCCCUUCGCUGUACCCCACGCCGCCGUUAGAGACACCGAAUUCAAAGGAUUCUUCAUUCCCAAGGGAACCGUCAUAGUGUCAAACAUUCUGGCUGUCCUGAGAGACCCCAAGAUGUUUCCGGAGCCAGAGGAAUUCAGACCAUCCAGGUUUCUCAGCGAGGAUGGCAAUCUCCGCAAAGAUCUGAUUGAAAGGGUCAGCGCUCAAUUCGGAGUCGGUCGACGAACGUGUAUCGGUGACCAAAUGGCACGAGCAGAACGAUACAUCUUCCUCACACAUCUGAUACACACCUACAACUUAUCUGGAGCCAGUGGUCCUGAUUCGCUGUCCCUCAAGUCACAUGGUGGCCUGACCAGGAAUCCAGUGCCUUACGAUGUUAUUCUCACCGAACGAACUCCCACAGUGGCAUCAGCGAAAAAAUCGCAUGGAUUUUAGUGAACUUUGUCUAGAAACAAAAAAUGUGCGCAUUUGUCGUGCACAUGCCUAUGAGCUGAUGACCAGUGCUGUAUAUUUUCGUGUACCCUUUUGUUUGUAUAGUGCAGGUUAUUGAAGGCCUAAACUGCAAUGUAAUUUAAGUUUUUCACAUUUGAGUUUUGCUUCACUAUUCUUCAACCAGAGAUGCCCAAAAUUUGCUUAAAUUAUUAUUUGUCGGAACAGUACUGUCAUAAUAUAUUAC